AUGCGUUCAGGGACUUCCCUCCUUCAGGGAAGACGACUCGGGGCGUCAACAAAAUGGAGUCGACGCUACCUGGCUGAGGGGAAUGCGUCGUUCUGUUGGUCGUCAAGUGGUUUGUCCACACUCUUUUAUCGGGAGACAACGGGACGAUCGAGCGAGACUUCGAUUGGAGAUGUUCUGGACACUCGUGAUCGCCGCCGCUCUGGCAACAGAGUCCACCAUGGCUGUGCCAGUCCAGUCUCCGGUGAAGAGGUACGUGGUCAUCCUCUUCCAGCCCGUCACCCUCGCCUGCAACUUCCAGACCUCGGCCACACAGCCCCCUCUGGUCAUGUGGCGCUACAAGUCUUACUGCCGCGACCCCGUCCAGGCGGCGCUCAACCCCAGCAGCGCGGACAACAUCCUGUCUCAGAACAACCCCAACUAUGACCCCAACAUCGAGUGUGCCGACAGCCAGCGCACGGUGCGCAUCGUGGCGUCCAAGCAGGGCAACUCCGUUACCCUCGGCUCCGAGUACCAGGGACGCAAGAUCAGCGUCCUGAACAACGCCGACCUGAACAUCGCACAGACGGCGUGGGGCGACAGCGGCGUCUACGUGUGCUCUGUCAGCUCGUCCCAGGACCUCACCGGCAACGGAGAAGACUACACCGAGCUGAUUGUUUUGGAGAGAAAGUCAAAUGCUACUGACCUGCUGCCCGGCAUUGAAUUACUGGUUAUGGAAGAUUGGCUGCUGGUGGUAGUAGUGGUGAUGGGCUUCCUGUUGCUGCUGUUGCUGAUCGCCAUCUGCUGGUGUCAGUGUUGUCCGCACACGUGCUGCUGCUACGUCAGCUGCCCCUGCUGCCCUGAACGAUGCUGCUGCCCGAGGGCGCUCUACGAAGCAGGAAAGGCGGUGAAGAAAGGCAUGGCUAACCAGUACGCGUCCACCCUCUACGCCCCCAGUGUGUACGCCCAGCCCGCGUACACCGGCCAGCUCACAAACCAACCCCCCAUGCCCAUGCUGCCGCUGCCCAACGGCGUCGGAGUCCCGCCCCCCCACAACGGCUACGCUCGCGAGUACGACGCCGCGAGCUCUGUGGGUCAAGGCUCCCAGGUGCCUCUGCUGCACGGCCAAGAUGGCGGCGGCGACCACACUCGAAGUGGCUAUCGCAUCCAGGUGGACCCUGAUGGCAACGCCACGCGCGCCAUCUACUACAUGGAGCGAGAACUGGCCAACAUGGACCCAUCGAGACCUGCAAACUACAAUCGCCCGGACAACGUGAGCGAGGUCACGUCGCUGCACGACGUCGCGGAUCCACGGGCCCGCGUCGGUCGCUCCCAGCCGCCACCCCUGUCGACCCUCUACGACGAGGACGAAGCCAUGAGUACCAUCAGCAGCGUGUCGCAGCACAUUCACCGCCGUGACGGUGCCCCGCGCCGGGGCUACAUGGGGGACCGCGUGCGCGCCCACUCCAUGGAAAGCCUGGACGAAAUCGGCCGCCGCUACGGGCGCGACGAUUACCCGCCUCACCGCCGUCCGGACGAGCCCAGGGGAAGGCGAGGCUCGGAUGACGAAUUGAGCAGCCGCGGCGGUUAUGAUCGAGUCGCCGAUGACCGCAGACGCCGUGACUACUCCCCCGAUGACCGUCGAAGAGGAGGGGGAGGAUACGGUGCCCUGCCGGGGAAGCGCAGCCGGAGUCGCGAUGACCUGAUGGACCUGGAUAGAGAGCGGCGGGCGGGCGGCGGACGUGACCGGCGAGACGACUACGAUGACACCUUCCUGCGGGAGGCCAUGGAGAGGAAGAGGCUUGGCGAGCAGCAGAGGGCCCGUAGCCGUGACCGACUGGACAGCGAGGAGGCGGGCAGGGCGCCACGCGGACCCCCGCCCCUUCCCCUCAACCCCCCCUCUGGACCCAGCAGUCACAUGCAGCCUCUGCCGCCGCCAUACAGCGACGACGAGAGCGUGGCGUCUUCGAGGAAAAACAACUUGCGCAAGAACGGAGCCGUCAGCCGCGAGAGCCUGGUGGUGUAAAAAGUCGCCGGCGGCAGGAAGGAGCGCCGCAAUAACACCACUCGGUACCAUACCCUAAAAAAGUUUAAUAUUUAGAUUGUACAGUUGUUGUUUUUUAAUAUUCUGCUAAUUUGUCGUGCUUUUUUAAAAUCGCUUCAUUUACAUAACCUUAUUGCAAAUUGAAUAUAUACUUUUAUCGAGUGUGCGCGUGUGUGUCUGUGUGCGUGCUUGUGUGUGUGGGUGUGUGUUGCAAAUGUUUUUUACCUAUCAAACAUUGUGGCUGCCACAAGUGCCUUCAAAUUGUACAGUUGUUUAGUUUCACUUUCACUUUUUCAGUAGAAAAUGUGCAGGGAUUUUAAGAGGGUGUCAUUCGUACUUGCAUUUAGUAACUACAACCACUACUUUUUACUCAACUUUUUUUUUUUUUGCAAUUUUAACAAUGUAUAACAAUAUUUUGUAACUAUGAAACCAUAUUUUACAAUAAAGGUCCGUCCUGCUUGGCCA